AUGAGCAUUCCAAACAGAAGUAUCCAGGCUGUCAACAUAUUCUGCUCCUCUGGGGCUAUAGUUCUCUUGGUAGUAGGACUCAUCAUGGAAAACUGGGUGGAAUUGGUUCCCAAAGUCAGAAAGGAUAAGACUACCCACAGUCCAUGGAUGGGAUGCUGUCCUUCCUUUUGGCCUGAAGAGAGCCUGAGUACGGUCCAACACAUGAUGAGGGCGACCCUCAACAUCUCCGUCUAUAUAAACUUGAUCAUAGGUCUGCAGUUCACUUCUAUGAUUUCUCAAAAUAAGUGUGUACACCUCCUUACUGGCUUCCUGUGUUUCUUCACAGGUUGCCUUUUGUUCUAUGCAAUCACUAUGUAUCAUCACAAGCUAAAAAAAGGUCAAUAUGUGUACUUCAAUAGUUACAAGAUCCGCUGGAUGGUGUUCACUGUCUACUUAGCCAUCACCCUGUUACUUUCCUGUGGUAUCUUCUGUUUCAUACAGUGCACAAAUAAAUGUACCUGCUUAAAAGUCUGUACACCUAACAGAAAUAGUAGCAGAAGAGUGACUGGGAGCUCGAUCCAAGUUAUUUCACUUCCAGAGCGCACCACAAUGCCUCGGAGCAUCGUCCAUGUGCACUCUGUGACCUCAAAGACGGACAAAUCACACGUCCAAGCACGCCGUGUGACCUGGGCUUUAUGA